CCGCCCCCAAGAUGGCGGCGGCGCUGAGGGGCCGCGCGGGCCCGGGCGGGGCCCCGGCGCUGUGGCGGGUCCAGAGCCGGGGGAGGAGCACUUUUGACGUGGUGGUGGUGGGUGCCGGGAUCGUGGGACUGGCAGCAGCCCGGGAGCUCAUCCAGCGUCACCCCUCGCUGUCCUUCGCCGUGCUGGAGAAGGAGAAGGAGCUGGCUCAUCACCAGAGUGGAAAUAACAGUGGUGUGAUCCACAGUGGGAUUUACUACACCCCUGGCUCCCUGAAGGCCAAGCUGUGUGUGCAGGGUGCAGCCCUCUGCUACCAGUACUGUGACCAGAAGGGAAUUCCAUACAAACAGUGUGGGAAGCUGAUUGUAGCCGUGGAACAGGAUGAAAUCCCGAGGCUCAAGGCUCUGUAUGAGAGGGGGCUGCAGAACAACGUCCCAGGGCUGAAACUCAUCGGGGCAAAGGAAAUCCAAGCCAAGGAGCCCUUCUGCAGGGGUCUGAUGGCCCUUGAUUCUCCAUACACUGGCAUUGUGAAUUACAAACAAGUGGCCCAGUCCUAUGCUGAAGAUUUCCAGGAAGCAGGUGGGACAAUCUUGACAGAUUUUGAAGUCACAAACAUGGAGAUGGCUAAAGAAAGUUCUCCAGGAAGUGAAGAUGGACUGAAGCACCCAGUCAUUGUUAGGAACAAAAAGGGUGAGGAAAUCUCCUGUGGGCACCUUUUGACCUGUGCAGGGCUUUACUCCGACCGCCUCUCCGAGAUCAGUGGCUGCAGCCCCGAGCCCAGGAUUGUCCCAUUCCGGGGGGAUUAUUUGGUGCUGAAACCAGAAAAGUGCUAUUUGGUGAAAGGGAAUAUUUACCCGGUUCCCAACCCUCGGUUCCCCUUCCUGGGAUUCCAUUUCACGCCCAGGAUGGACGGCAGUGUCUGGCUUGGACCUAAUGCAGUGUUGGCCUUUAAGAGAGAGGGCUACAACCUGUUUGACUUCAGCACUGGAGACUUUUUGGAUGCUGUAACCUACAGUGGGCUGUGGAAGCUCGUGCUCAGGAACGUGUCCUACGGCGUGGGGGAGAUGUACAGAGCCUGUUCCCUCAGUGCUCAGGUGAAGCAGCUCCAGAGGUUCAUCCCUGAGGUCACCACCAAUGACGUGCUCAGGGGCCCCUCUGGAGUGAGAGCUCAGGCGCUGGACAGCGCCGGGAAUUUGGUGGAUGACUUUGUGUUCGAUGGAGGCACUGGAGGCCUCGGGAGCAGAGUCCUCCAUGUCAGGAACGCCCCUUCUCCCGCUGCCACCUCCUCCCUCGCCAUCGCCGGGAUGAUCGCGGACGAAGCCAAGAGACGCUUUGAGUUGUGAGGGACUGGAAGCUGUUGGGGAGGUUUCCCUCUGGAAUGUGGGACUGACUGAACUUCUUAAGGGCACAGAUCAAACAGGCGACGUGGUGCUUUCCAGGCCGGCGGAAAACCAGCAUUUGGAAUGUUCUCCUUUGCCCAUGACUUCUCGGCGUCGUGGAUUAAGGAGUUGUGGUGCCUGGUGAGGUCCAGCCACCUGCAAGGGGGGCUUGUCCACCUGAGGAACCAGCACAACUUGAGGGUCUCCAGCCACAGGUGGAGCAGGAAGAGCCUCUGUGGUGGGAUUAUCCGUAUUAUUCCCAUGCCUCUGGUUGGAACGUUGCCUCCUCGGAGAACUGGUGGGUCUGAAAAACCACAGGCACGGGGUGGUUCUCUGGGUGAUUCCUCUCUGAUUCCGUUUAAAUUGGAGCCUACAGCCCUCUAGAUUACAUGAAAGUAAUGGAAUAGAAGGAUAAGCCCUGCUUAAGGGUCCUGCUGAUAUGGAAUUAAGGGUUUUAUCAGAGAUUGAAAACAAUGUUCAGAGCCUUUGACGUGAAUGUAGAUUAUUUCACAGAAAAAUAAGCUUAGCAAGGAUUACCAAACCCAAGUCCAUUUAGAUGUGCAAUUCAGAUACACUGUCUGAUCACUGCCUCUAUUUGUUAUAGAGCUGAAAAUGGAAAUAUGGACAUAAACAGUCAUUUUUCAUUUAAUUUACAGCUGGGAAUCAGCACUGAUCAGAAACUAUUUCAGUGGGUUUGGGUUUUUUUUUUACCUUUGAAUACUGGUAAUGCAGCAGGAGCUGAUCUUAGUGCAAGCUGUUGAGCAAUCCAGAGGAAAUGGUCUUUGCAAAAGCAAAUGUGAAGGGAGGGAAGCUCCAGAAACCUGCCUUAAUUGAGUCAUGUUGUUUCCCUGGGAGCCCAAACAGGGAUGAGUCAGGGAGGCUUCCCAUUUCCCACAGGGCUGGCACAGGGGGAGCUCAGACAGUGCUGGUGACUCUUCUGAACUCUGUUGAUACUCAGCUUUUAUCAGAGAUAGACCUGGAAGAGUCUGGGGAGAGAGAGAUGUCAAAUAAUCCUGGUCCUGAGCUGAGUUAUCUCGGUGUGCUCUGCAGCGUUGCUAUAAAACAGAAUUUUAUGGCCUCAGGGACAAAGUGCUUGCUGAUACUUGUAAAGCAGAAGUUCACAGGAUGUUGGCUAACACAGAUCACUGUGGGCAGUUUGUACCAGGCAAGCUGACACACAUUUUUCAUGAAAAAGUGAUUUUCUGAACUCCUCUGAGCAUGAAGUGUGGGUUAGCACAGGAGGGCAGGUGUGUGGCUGAUGUUUUACUGUGCAGAGCUGAGACACUUUUGAGGGG